AUGCUUAAAGCUUGGUUGUUUACUCAACCUCAUCAUCAAAACCGAGAAAAUGUAUCCUGUCUCUUUAAUAGAUGGAAAGUCAGUGUCUUGCAAGCACUUUUUCCUAUUAGCUAUAAUAUUAUGCUCUUAUACUCUAUGCAUGACACAAGGGAUGCCGGAGAGACGUCUUUUAGAACUCAGGAAAUGUUUUAUCAUGGAUUUGAUAAUUACAUGAAACACGCGUUUCCAGAUGAUGAGCUUAAUCCAAUUCAAUGUAUUGGCCGUGGCAGUGAUAAACAAAAUCCGCAAAGUGCUGACAAUGACCAAUCCGGAAUCAUAUAUAAUCUGAGCACAUUCAUAUUUAAUAAUAUAAUGAUCAAUGAUGUAUUAGGUGAUUAUUCUUUGACACUAGUUGAUUCUUUAGACACUUUUGUGGUUUUAGGCGAUAAAGAAAAAUUUGAAAACGCUGUUCGUAAAGUGAUUGAUUACGUCUCAUUUGAUGUUAAUAACAAGGUUCAAGUUUUUGAACUUAAUAUUCGAGCUCUAGGUUCUUUGUUAUCCGCACAUUUAUUCGCGACUGAUCCUCAAUUUGGCUUUACAAUCGAUUGGUAUAAAAAUGAAUUAUUGGAUUUAGCAAGUGAUUUAGGAGAGCGUUUACUUCUCGCUUUUGGUCAUUCAAAAACUGGAUUACCGUUUCCAAGAGUGAAUUUAAAGUAUGGUGUUCCUCAAGACGAAAUACAUGAGACUUGUACAGCUGGUGCUGGAACUUUAAUAUUAGAAUUUGGAGUAUUAAGUAGGUUAACUAAUGAUCCACGAUUUGAGAAUGCUGCCCGAGCUUCACUGUUUGGUCUGUGGAACAGGAGGACAGAUUUAGAUCUUCUAGGCAAUGUCAUUAACAUUCAAACAGGGCAAUGGAUUCACACGGCAUCGAGUACUGGAGCUGGAAUUGAUUCCUUUUUUGAGUACUUACUAAAGGCCUACGUGCUUUUUGGUGAAUCAGAAUAUCUUGAUGUAUUCUCACAAGCCUAUUCCGCUAUAUUGCGAUAUAUACGUGAUGAAAGUGGUUACCUUUAUAGGAACGUUAAUAUUUUCAAUGGUGGGAUGAUGUCAUCCUGGGUGGACAGUUUGUCGGCUUAUUUCCCAGGUUUGCAGGUUUUGGCAGGCGAUUUGGAAAAUGCGAUUAGGUCACAUUUACUUUAUUAUAAUUUAUGGCGCAAAUACAAUGCUUUGCCAGAACGCUUUAAUUUCCAGUUGAAAAAUGUUGAAAUUGGAGCAUAUCCUUUAAGGCCUGAAUUUAUUGAAUCUACAUACUUCCUUUAUCGAGCAACUCGUGAUCCUUUUUAUCUAGAAGUAGGCGAAAUGGUUCUUAAAGACUUGCAAAAAUAUACACGUGUUUCAUGUGGUUUCGCUAAUCUACAAGAUGUGCUCACGAAAAAAACUGAUGAGAGAAUGGAAAGUUUUGCGUUAAGCGAAACUUUUAAAUAUUUAUAUUUGCUUUUUGAUACAGAAGCCCAUAUAUUACCUUUACCUCGAAAAUAUCUAAGGCUGACUUCUUUAUUUCAUCGAAAAUUGCGAGGGAUCGAUGCUUCAGUGUGUCCAGCAUAUCAAGCUCCUCGUCAUCUUCUAAAUUCAGUUUCCGCUCGUCCUGAUGUGGAUUAUGCCAAGGAACUCGUGGGUUACGAAGAAAAUAUACUACCUGAAUUGUACUCGCAUGGAUAUUGUGAAGUGCCACAAACAGACCCACCAGUAAUAGAAAUUAGUUUCGGCGAAUCAGUUUCCGACAAGCAACGAUCACAACAAAUUCACAAAUUCCUCGAUGGAAUAGUAGUAGACAACCUUCAUGGCUUGAAGUUAGAAUUGACUAGAAAGGCAGAUCGGAAAGGUUAUGAGGCAACUAGAGUAGAUGAUUACAGAAUAUUUCCCGGACAAAUCCUGGAGAUUCGAGAUCCUGCAGUAAGCAAUUUUUGGAUAAAGCAACAAACCUAUGAUAUUUCGAUUAUAAGGGUAAUGGAUGGGAACAAUUCCUUUAAUUAUCAAGAUUUCCUGGCAGCAUCAGCCACUUUUGGCCAGAGAGUCACAAGAAGAUUGCCCGUUUCUAACUUGGUUCAUAUAGCCUCAUCUCCUUUCGGUUGUAGUGUCUUCUCGGCUGAAGAACAAGAUAUAAUUCGUAAUCAACUAUUGAUGGUGAAGCGAGGUGGAUGUACUUUUGUGGAGAAAGUGUUGUAUGGGCAAAAUGCAGGUGCACGAGCAGUCAUUGUCGUAAGCGAUGACAAUCAUUUAUUCCAACCUGCACUUCCUUCAGAAGUCGGUGCAUUGGACAUCCGAAUACCAUGUGUUUUGGUAACCUUUGAGACGGGUCUUCAAUUGGAAAAGCUAAUUUCACAUUCUAUUAAUACUACUAGCUCUAAACGCGAGCAUCUCUUAAUUAACGAGAAUAAUAAAUCAAACGCAGUAUAUGUUACUAUUUUGCCGAAGCCACUCGAUAGUCCGACCUUUGUCAAAAAGGAGGGAGAACACGAUGCAAGAUUAACCAUAAAUGGACAUAUAAUACAUAACAUUCGGCUUAAUGCAGAUGGAAAAUAA